UGAAUGUUUACUAACAGUUGUUGCUCGGGCGAUACUGUCAAACAUGGGGCGUGCCAAGCUCUUGAACCUGAAUUUCGAAGAUCCCAACGGGAGUGAGAAUACGUGCUGUGGAAGUGGGGGAGAGCAGGCUUGAUCGGUUCUUAGUGUGCCCUGUUGUGGGUGUGUCGAUCUGGGGCCCGGGGUGUGAGCUGAAUUGCCACUCUGUUGUGUCUCCCUCGGGACACUGCUGCUGGUGCCAGAGCCUCAGCUCACCUUUGAAGGGAUCUGAAUGGGAGAAGAGAGUUACCAGAGCAGGGUGGGGGGGGUCUGUGAGAGUGGAGUGACUAGGAGGGUGACAUCACCCUUUAUUCUCCCUGUUGAGGGGGGGCGGGUAAGUGGGUGAGAGGUCACUGGGGGAGGGGAGGAGAGCUGUGAUUGGAGGAGAGGAAGCGAGCACAGGUCUCACGGGCUCCAGCUGGGAGAGGGAGAGAGAGAUGCAGUUCUCCACUGCGAAAAAUACGGUGGGAUUAGACACUGUUCUCCCAAAUUACAACUCAAAUCCCAAAAUUCCACACCUGCCAGAACGAGUCUGUCCCACAGUAAGAUUUGAUGUCUUUAAUGAGUACGGAAAUGUCCAGUGAGAGGUUUUUGCUCUACACGUGUGUUAAUUGUAUCUCCUUUGGCAACACUGUAACUCAUCGGCCCGGCCAGUGAAGCCCAGUGGACUGGACACUGAAGGAGAGAGCAAGAGAGGGGGAGAGACACAGAAAGAUGGGAGAAGCCGAGCUGCUGGAGGAAGGAAGGGGGAAGAGGCAGGGGGUGGCCGGGAGUUCCUUGGCAGCCUGUCAGGUUGUCAUGCCACUGGAGGGCACAGUCACAGUGCCGGGCCUGUCUCCCCCUCUCCCCCAUUGCCCCCACCCCCUCUCUGGGGUUACUCCAGGACAAGCGUCUCUCAAUGCCCUCUGUUCUUACUGCUGGUUUGAAACAGUGUGUGAGAUCCAUCUCCAGGCUCUCACCGGUUAGACAGCGGCGGCUCCAUGCAGUUCCAGGAGUGGCUGCGGUCCCUGCGCUCCGGGGCAGGAGUGUGGCUGCCCGACGUGGAGGAGCUGCGCCGGCUUCUGCCCUCCCUCUCCCCCUCCUCCCUCCUGGGGCUGGGCGCCCUGGCCUCCCUCACCGCCUACUGGCUGGCCACCCGGCCGCGGCCCAUCCGGCCCCCCUGCGACCUGCACGCACAGUCCGUACCUGUCCAGGGGGACCCUAGCUGUCGGCGCUCGGCACUGCUGCAGGACGAGAUGCUGCUGGAGUUCUAUUAUGAGGACACGAGGACGGCCUACGAGAUGUUCCAGAGAGGGCUUCGAGUCUCAGGGGACGGACCGUGUCUGGGGUUCAGGAAGCCCAGUGAGCCGUACAAGUGGAUCUCCUACAGAGAGGUGUGUGAGCAGGCACAGGCCCUGGGCUCAGGGCUGUUGGCGCGAGGCUGUCAGCCCAACCCUCAGCAGUUCAUCGGCAUCUUUGCUCAGAACAGGCCAGAGUGGGUGAUUGCGGAGCUGGCUUGUUACUCUUUCUCCAUGGCUGUUGUCCCACUGUAUGACACCCUGGGGCAGGAGGCCAUGGUACACAUCCUCAACAUUGCUGAGAUCACCAUGGUGAUCUGUGACAAGCCAGAGAAGGCGGAGUCUCUGUUAUCCCAUAAGGAGCAGACCCUGGCACCUUUGCUGGGCAGCAUUGUGCUGAUGACGCCCUGCAGCGCCGCCCUGCUGGAGAGAGCUAAGAAGUGUGGCAUAGAGAUACUGCAGUUCAGCGAGCUGAUGGAGCUGGGGCGACAGAAUCUCAGGGAGCCUGUGCCACCCAAGCCGGAGGACCUGGCAGUGGUGUGCUUCACCAGCGGUACCACAGGGAAGCCCAAGGGAGCCAUGAUCACUCAUGGUAAUAUUGCUUCCAACACCUCCUCUGUCAUCAAGAUCCUGGAAGGAUCAUUUGUCAUCCGCCAGGAGGACAUCUCCAUAUCCUACCUGCCGCUGGCUCACAUGUUUGAGCGCAUGAUCCAGGUGUCGAUGUUCUGCCAUGGUGCGAGAGUGGGCUUCUAUCAGGGAGACCUUUCCCUGCUAAUGGAUGACAUCAAGACCCUGCGGCCCACCUUCUUUCCUGUGGUGCCCAGACUUCUCAACCGCAUCUAUGACAAGAUCCUGGCCUCGGUGAGCUCCCCUCUGAAGCGAGCACUGCUGCACUACGCCGUGAGGAGGAAGCAGGCCGAGCUGAGCAGCGGGGUGGUGCGGAACAACAGCGUCUGGGACAGGCUGAUCUUCAACAAGAUCCAGGCCAGUCUGGGCGGGAAUCUGCGGUUCAUCCUGACGGCGUCGGCACCCAUCUCCCCCACCGUCCUCUCCUUCCUCCGCGCCACGCUGGGCUGCCUGAUCUUCGAGGGUUAUGGGCAGACAGAGUGCACAGCUGGCUGCACAUUCUCCAUGCCAGGAGACUGGACCGCAGGUCACGUUGGAGCCCCACUACCGUGUGCUAUGGUGAAGGUCACUGACAUCCCUGAGAUGAGCUACUACUCCCACAAUGGAGAAGGAGAGAUCUGUAUCAAGGGCCACAGUGUGUUCAGAGGCUAUCUCCGUGACCACGAACGCACAGCAGAGGCGCUGGACCCCGAGGGCUGGCUGCACACCGGGGACGUCGGCAAGUGGCUCCCGAACGGUGCCCUGCAGAUCAUUGACAGGAAGAAGCACAUUUUCAAGCUUUCCCAGGGAGAGUACAUCGCGCCCGAGAAGAUCGAGAACGUCUACAUUCGCAGCGCCCCUGUGCUGCAGGUGUUUGUGCACGGGGACAGCCUACAGUCUCACCUGGUUGGCAUUGUGGUGCCUGACCCGGAAGUGUUCACUGACUGGGCUAAAGAGAGGGGCAUUGUGGGAUCUUACGAGGAGCUCUGCAGGAAUCCGGAUGUGAAGAAGGCUGUGCUGGAGGACAUGACGGUGAUUGGGAAGGAGGCCGGUCUGAAGUCGUUCGAGCAGGUGAAGGACCUGUACCUGCACCCGGAGAUGUUCAGCGUGUCUAAUGGUCUCCUGACGCCCACGCUGAAGACUCGCCGCGUCGACAUCCGCCGCGCCUUCCAGGAGCAGAUCCGCCAGCUGUACGCCAAGACGGCAGUGUAGGCUCUCUCCGCGCCCGGAGACCACCUGACCCAACUCAAACUGUCCAUGGAGCACUGACCACUCGCCGUCCGUGAGGGGGCACCACCACUUCCGCAAUCCACGCUGUUAUCCUUGGGAACUCUCACUGUGGCGAAUCUCUCACUAGAAUGUUGUAUUUAUGCUGUAGCUUUGCUUUCGCUGUGGCUGCCUGUUGUUUUAACAGGCCUCCAUUCUGCAGCAUGGGAUCAUGGGAAUGCUGUGGAACAUCACAGAGUGGAGCAGUCCAGUCCUGGUCCUGGAGCUGGACAACUGGUGUGUCUGCAGGACUUCAUUCCACUCUGGCUCUUAAAGUCCUGAAUCAGCCCAUUACUGGCUCAACUGGACCAGUUUGCCAGCUUCUCCCAGCUAUACAGGUUGCUGCUGCUUUAAGAGACUGGAAAUCCCAUAUACACACCAGCCCUCCAGGACCAAGACUGGACACCCCUGUCACCCUCUCACUGAAGCUGCUUCUCAGGAGUGCUUUGUGUAGUUCAGGUACAGUGUAAUGAUCUGUAUGACAGAAAAACCACAGUGCAGACAGAUUAGGACAACCCCCCAAUGCUACAUGCUAUGAAAGGCAAAAAUGAGGUUCCACCAUAAAUUCAAAACCUAAUCAGAUUUCAUACAGGCUCUAUUGACGUAAGGCGAACAGUAACUGUGUCACCCUUUGCAGAUGCCCAGACCGUGCCCCUGUUUUAGCUGAUCCUGAGCUGGUAUGCAGGGGACAGUUGAAGUUGUCACAGUAGUGCUGGAUACCUGAACGCUACUGAUUCAAGUAUCCUGGACACCAGCAGCGGACAGUGCCUUGCUCCACACCAAGGUCUCCUCCUUUCCCUUCCAGUGGUAGCUGCUCUGACCGUUGGCCGAUAGCGUCUGGCCACUGAUCUGUACACUCCUCAAGGGCAACGGUUCAGCAGAGUGUUUCAGUGGGAUCUUUAGCCUCAGUGCAGGAGAGCGAACACUCAGCCCUCUUCCUGAGGGCUUGGGCUGGUCGUGGUUCUGAGAGCCUUCCAGAACCUGCUGGACCGUUUCUCCUCCAGGACUGGCAACGGGGAGUCCCGCUGUCCCCAAGCCCCGAUGCGCAGCACCCUAGUCUCGUCUUUGAAAGAAUAGAAUUGUCGGCUUUUCUCAUUUGAUGCCCACCCCCUCUCGUCCCAGAGCGUUGACCCCCGGGGGGGGAAACGAGAAGGUGCAGACGGGCCCUCCGGACUCCGCCCAACCCGACAGCCAAUCGGCUCCGUGCAAGUGAGCGGCUCCGCCCUCUCUCACACCGCCGCUAGCCCGCGGCAGCUGUCUGUUUCAGUAGGAGCCGAGACGGCCUCCUGGCUGACGAAUCCCUCCUCUGAGCAAUCCCAGACCCGGCCUCCCGGGACGUAUGAGGUCUGGAUCGCGGAGAGAGUACCUCUACCCAUUAAUCCAGUAGGGCUCCCCAACAAGGGCACUCCUAGUGCCCCGUCUGUCCCCCAGCGAUAGAUCUGUGUGUGGGGGCGGGGGGGUGACUCCAGAUGUGGCUUGAGUCUCGAUGGGUCUCUGUGUCAGGGUUAGAGACAUAAGUUCAAGCUCGAUGGGCCACCUCAGUUACAGAAGCUGUUUGGGGAAACGAGGCCAGUACUUGGCCUGCUCCUGCUCCCCACAGUUUUUUUUUUUUGGGGGGGGGGGUAUCUCACUGCUGGGGAGGGACGGGAUGAUAACACAGCAGAAGCCAUCUCUCAUUUUCACAGGCCCCAGAAACUCACGAGAAGAUAAAUCUGUAGGUAAUGGAGCAAAUGUAGUUAACCAGCAGGUGCCCACAUAACCCUAACAGCAGUGUCAGCCUGUAUAAUGCGUGGCUUGUAAAUGAGCUGGUGAGCAGCGCCUUAUGCUGUAAAUACUGAGAGGAGAGGCUGUACAGAAGCUGUACACUAAUCCUGCAGACCGUAGGGACUGUUUUUUCUUGAUCUGGAGUUUAAUAAAAGUUUUUUUUUCCCCCUAACACAGAGUUAGAUAAAACACCUUCGGAAACCAGACCCCUUUCUCUCUCUGUUGACGGAACAUAAGAGCGUGCAGUAAGUUACAAAUCAGGGUUUUUAGCCCAUUGAACGCAUUACGUUACCAGGGCGUUACUUUCUGCGGCAACUGUACACUUUUCUUGACGUUAACUGAAUGAUAAAAAAACGAAUAAAAAGUGUCAUUCAUGUAGACAAAUCUGUAUUUUGGUUUGAGUAAUGUUUUUUACAAGAUUCGCCAUGGCUGUAGUUCUCCCAUUGCACCGCAAGAAGGCACUACUACGAUGUAAAAUAAAUUGUACCUCACGCCACCA